AUGAGCGACACUGGAAAGGCUCCUGUCAAUGGCGCCGGGUCUACCCGCGGCCGCGGCGACCCCAUUGUCAAGGUCCAGCCGCCGAGGCGCGAGGACCUUCAGCCUAGCUAUGCGCGCGUUAUCAAGCCGGAUGACGAUCAGGGCGACGGUCAUGGCUGGUACGGAGCCAUGAUCAACACGCUAGGAGAUUGCAUUGGUACGAUGGGAGCUAUCCCCUGCUGCAUCGUCUGCCCGAACCCAUAUAAGAACGUCAGCCAGGGCAAUGUAGGCCUCGUCACCAAGUUCGGACGCUUCGCGAGGGCUGUGGAUCCCGGUCUUGUCAAGGUCAAUCCGCUGUCCGAGAACCUCAUUCAGGUCGAUGUCAAGAUCCAGAUUGUUGAGGUCCCUAAGCAAGUCUGCAUGACUAAGGACAAUGUCUCCCUCCACCUUACCUCCGUGAUCUACUAUCGCAUCACCUCCCCGCACACGGCCGCUUUCGGCAUCUCCAACAUCCGCCAAGCGCUGGUCGAGCGCACCCAAACCACCCUGCGGCAUGUAAUUGGCGCUCGCGUCCUACAGGAUGUCAUCGAGCGCCGCGAGGAAAUCGCUCAAUCUAUCCGCGAAAUCAUCGAGGAGACCGCCGCGGGCUGGGGCGUCGAAGUCGAAUCCAUGCUCAUCAAGGACAUCAUCUUCUCCCAGGAGCUCCAGGAUUCGCUCUCCAUGGCCGCCCAAUCGAAGAGGACGGGUGAGGCCAAGGUCAUUGCUGCGCGCGCCGAGGUUGAGUCCGCCAAGUUGAUGCGGCAAGCUGCCGAUAUCUUGAGCUCUGCGCCCGCCAUGCAGAUCCGGUACCUCGAAGCUAUGCAGAGCAUGGCCAAGACGGCAAACAGUAAAGUAAUCUUCCUCCCUGCGCAGAACCAAACGGUGCAGUCGCAAUUGGCAGAGGCGGACAAGGCGGGCGAAGGGCCGUCCAAGUACAACGCCGAUGGCGCGGCGCACGAGUACGGAAUCAACAACCCCGGCUUCCAGAGCGCUAUCAACUCGAACAUCAUCGAGAACAUGUAA